AUGGGUGUCGGACGUCGCAUGAAGAAGCAGGGUCCUCCUGAGCCCCUGUCGGAAGCGCAUUACGCAAAGCUCAAGCGCAAGGCCGGUCUGCCCGUCGACGAUGUACCGGCCGAACCCCGAAACAACAAGAAGCGCAAGGCCGCCAAGGACGAGGAGCCCAAGAGCAACAAGAAGGCUGCCAAGUCCAAUGGCGCCGUCAAUGGCAAGAAGGCUGCCGCCCCUGCGCCGAAAGCGAACGGAAAGAAGGGCAAGAAGGCCGCUCCGGUACCCGAGGACGAGGACGACAUUAGCGAUGGCCUGGGAGACGGAUUCGGCGACUCUGACAUGGACAUGGACGAGUUCUCUGACCUUGAAGGCGCUGAAGGUUUGAAGGACGACUUCUUGGACUCGGACGACUCGGUCUACGACUCUGACGAUGCCGGCCAGCAAAAGGCCAUGUUUUCUGAAGAUGAGGACGACUCCGACGCCGAGGAGCAGCUGACGGCUGCCAACAUUGCUGGUCUGUCGAGGAAGCUCGACGAGAAGAUUGCGCAAGAGGAGGCCGAUGCCCAGGCUGAACUCGAGGAGGCUGCCAUGCAGACAAACAUUGUCGAGGACAAGCCGCAUAUCUUGGACGAUGACGAAGAGGAUGGUUUGGCUGCCAAGACCAAGGGGCUGCUUGCGCCGGAUCUGCAGCUUCUCAGAACGCGCAUCACGGAUACGAUACGUGUUCUGGGUGACUUUGCCAAGCUGGCCGAGGAGGGCAGAAGCAGAGCCGAGUACACAGCUCAGCUGCUCAAGGACAUUUGCGCAUACUAUGGCUACUCCGAGUACCUGGCAGAGAAGCUUUACAACCUUUUUACACCACAAGAGGCUUUUGCCUUUUUCGAGGCCAACGAGAGCGCAAGACCUAUUGUCAUCAGAACAAACACUCUGAGAACCCACAGGAGAGAUCUAGCCCAGGCUCUGAUCAACAGAGGUGUUGUGCUGGAGCCUGUAGGCAAGUGGUCCAAGGUUGGACUGCAAAUUUUCGAGAGCAACGUGCCAUUGGGUGCAACUCCCGAGUAUCUCGCCGGUCACUACAUUCUGCAGGCCGCCAGUUCAUUCCUGCCCGUCAUGGCCCUGGGUCCUCAAGAAGGCGAGCGCGUUCUCGAUAUGGCCGCUGCUCCCGGUGGAAAGACGACACACAUGGCUGCCAUGAUGAAGAACAAGGGUUGCAUCUUUGCCAACGAUCCUUCCAAGGCUCGUUCCAAGGGUUUGAUUGGAAACAUUCACCGUCUCGGCGCCCGCAAUGUUGUGGUAUGCAACUACGAUGCCAGAGACUUCCCAAGGGUGAUUGGUGGCUUCGACAGAGUCUUGCUUGAUGCUCCUUGCUCGGGUACUGGUGUUAUUGCCAAGGAUGCUUCGGUCAAGAUGAACAAGACAGAAAAGGACUUUAUGGUUCUGCCUCAUACACAAAAGCAGCUGCUCCUAGCUGCCAUUGACAGUGUGAACCACGCCAGCAAGACUGGUGGUUACCUUGUUUACUCUACAUGUUCCGUUACAGUCGAGGAGAAUGAGCAGGUUGUCAACUACGUCCUGAGCAGGCGCCCCAACGUAAAGCUCGUUGACACUGAGCUUCCGUUCGGUAAGGAGGGUUUCACAAGCUACGGUGGCAAGCACUUUGACUCGUCGCUGAACCUCACCCGACGAUACUACCCCCACACCUACAAUGUUGACGGUUUCUUUGUCGCCAAGUUCCACAAGUUUGCCCCCUCGCCUGCUGGAAGUGCUGGCCGCGAGAAGGUGCCAAUGGAGAAGAAGGACGUCGAGGAAGAGAUCAUUGACAAGACACCUAUUGCUGCUGAUGAGGAUACGAUUGGUGCCGAGAAGGACGACUUUGGUGGCUUCGAUGACGAUGAGGAUGCCGAUUACAUGGAGAGAGCCAAGCGCAAUGCCAUGAGGAGGAGAGGUCUGGACCCAAAGGCUCUGAACAAGGGCAAGACUGAGACGAAUGGCACCAAGGAGGCCAAGGAGAUCAAGGAGACCAAGGCCGAGAAGACUGAAAAGUCGCCCAAAUCUCCCAAGUCACCCAAGUCUGACAAGGUGGAGAAGGCUGAGAAGUCGCCAAAGGCUGAGAAGUCGCCAAAGGCUGCGAAGACGGAAAAGGCAGACAAGUCCCCCAAGGCUGCCAAGACAGAGAAGGCUGACAAGUCUUCAAAGACAGAAAAGGCCGAAGUGAGCAAAAAGGACAAGAAGAAGAGCAAGAAGGCAUCGUCAUAG